AUCUGCUGAUAGUACAGAGUUCUAGGGAGUCACUCUGCACAUGCUCAGUUUUUUGUGUUUGCGAGAGAUUUUUUUUUUUUUUCUAUGGGAGAGUGCAUAUAUAGUGAAUGCAGGGUCCGGGGAGAUCAGAUAUAGUGAAUGCAGGGUCCGGGGAGACCAGAUAUAGUGAAUGCAGGGUUCGGGGAGACCAGAUAUAGUGAAUGCAGGGACCGGGGAGAGCGGAUAGUGAAUGCGGGGUCCGGGGAGACCGAAUAUAGUGAAUGCAGGGUCCGGGGAGACCGAAUAUAGUAAAUGCAGGGUCCGGGGAGACCAGAUAUAGUGAAUGCAGGGUCCGGGGAGACCA